AUGCCUAUUAGAGACCGAUACCGGAAUUUUCUUAUACUCUCACCGCAAUUUGGCACAGACCAAUCCAUCUUUUUGUUGUCUCCAUCCAAAGCAAUUCCCUAUCAAUCCAACAUGUUCUGCAUCACGAGCCUCGUCGGAUCCUGGAAAGCCCUAAUUUCCACCUCGGACAACGCAACACCAACAGCACUCGAUGCGACAAAAGAAAUUAUUGCGAAAUAUGAAAAUGUUCCACCAAUGUCCAAACCAGGCCGGCCAAUAGAACAGCCAAUUGAUGUUAUCGAAGCCGAGAAAAGAUUUGGAAUAUCCUUUUUCACAGGAUUCUCCCAUAUCGUAAUUCGGAAUGGACAAUACCAUAUGGUACUCGAAGCUCGUUUCCAGGAAGAUCCCGACAAACCCUAUUUCGUGUCAUGCCCGAAAAGCGUUCGCAACUCGGAUCUUUCCAAGGAACAUCAAGAACUUCUUAAAUCGAAAUUCCAGGGUGUUAAGGGACGUAUAUCAGAAACAGACUGGGACUACCUCAAGCAACGGUACGAUAUCGUAAAAGGAGACUGGCUUGCGAAGGACAAAGAGGAUGAAGAAAUUUGA